AAGAAUAUGGAAUACUUGUAAGCACGCCAAUGUAGUAAAAAUGCAGUGAAUAAAAGGGUUGAGAAUAUUCUCACGCUCUUUGACAGGUAUGACGUGCCUGUGUUUUUCUUAUUUGAUUCGUACUUUACCUAAAUUACUUUAUUUAUGAAAGUAUUACAAUUUGAUUAUUUUUUUAUUCUAGUACUAUUGAAUUUGAUGUUUCGCUGCACACUUGUAUUUUAGUUGAUAUUUAUUCCGUAUAUAAAGGUUAUCUAUGCUAUUGACACUGUUGACAUUAAACUAGAAAUGUAUAUUUUUUUUAAAUAAAGUACAUAGCGUUAAAAUGUAAACAAUACUAUUUUAUCGUAUUUAUAAUAAUCUACUGAAUAAUUAAUAAGGUGAAUCUUUUAAAAUGUCAGUCAAUCAAAUCGUAGCGAAUAACAAGUUAUCAAAAAAUAAAAGAGGGCAAAUGACACGACCAUCGAGUGGAAUUAUUGAAUCAGAUCUUUAUACAGGGUUUCGCUCAGAUAUUGAAAAUGACUCCAUCAGCCCUUCAUACAAAAAUCGUUUAUAUAAUCUAUUUAGGCAAAUAGAAAAAGAAUUCGAUUUGCUGUAUCAGGAAAAUCAAACAUUGCAUGAAAAGAUCGAGCUUCUAAAUGAAAAAUUGGAAAGAGAUACUUACGAGAAAACAGAAAGCGUUGAUUUGGAUUCAAAUAUAUCCAAAGUUUUAAGCAAAAAAUUUAGUACUACAAAUCCUAAAAAUAAAACAGCCCAUAAAUUAAAAGCUCAAACAAGUAAGAUUGUUUCGAGCUUCAAAGCACCACAAUUUGGCUGUGCAUUGUUAAGGGAGUAUAUAGGACAUAAAGAUGGUAUCUGGGAAGUUUCAGUUGCAAGACCAGGAAUACCUGUUGUAGGAACUGCAUCAGCCGAUCAUACGGCAUGUUUAUGGAGUAUAGAAAAUUCAAAAUGUCUAUUACAAUAUCAAGGUCACAUAGGUUCAGUCAAUUCAAUUAGAUUCCAUCCCGCCAAAGAUCUAGUUCUAACUGGUAGCGGAGAUUGUUCUGCACAUAUUUGGCAAGCUGCUCUCAACUGGGAUAUUCCAAAAGGACAUUCAUCAGAAGAAGAGCUAGAAGGCGACGAUCUGGAUGAAAAAUCAGAAUUUAAUAAAGUUUCAACGUUACGAACACCUUUUCAAGAAUUAACCGGGCACACAGGUGCUGUUUCUUCUGCAGAAUGGUUAGCUGGAGCAGAUCAAAUUAUAACUGCAUCAUGGGAUCGACUUGCCAUUUUGCACGAUGUUGAAACUGGUUCUAUUGUAACGACAUUAACUGGUCACGAUCAGGAACUUAAUAACGCUUCGACGCAUCCUACUCAAAAGUUGGCGGUCACUUCGUCGAGAGAUACGACGUUCAGGUUGUGGGAUUUCAGAGAAAAUGUCCAUUCAGUUUCCGUAUUUCAAGGACAUGCUGAGAGCGUUACUUCGGCCGUUUUUACACGCGAAGAUAAAGUAAUAUCCAGUUCGGAUGAUCGAACAGUAAAAGUAUGGGAUUUGCGUAACAUGCGUUCACCUGUAGCUACAAUUCGUGUGGAAUCAUCGGUAAAUCGUCUUAGUGUAUCGAUUAAUGGUAUAAUUGCAAUUCCCCAUGACAACCGUCAUAUUAGAUUAUUCGACAUUUCCGGCCAGCGUUUGGCCCGAUUACCUCGUUCCAGUCGACAAGGACAUAAUAGAAUGGUUACUAGUGUCGCUUGGGCGGAAGAUUUUGUUUUCGGGGUGAAUUUAUUUACCGCUGGUUUCGAUAGGAAAGUAUUGGGUUGGUCGGUGCAAUCCAUGAAGGAUUGAUCAUUGAAUCAAGUUUAGAUUUAAUGUAACGCACUUGUCAUUUAUGCUCUCAAAUUAUCUGAAUUUUCUAUUAACAUUAGUUUAUGUAGGGGAUGUGUGACCGUGAUGGUAUUCUUAACGAAAAAUCCAAAUACUUGAAUUCUAGAUGGAUAUCUUCAAAAUUCGUUUUCAUCAAUUCAUUCAGCCAGCUAAUUCUUCAAGAAAUUCUACUUCAAUUUGAAAAAUCAGUCAUAAUGCCAUUUUAUUUAAAUUGUAGUUUGUAUACAAUCAUAACAAGAUAUAGUGCCAAAAAGGGCACAUCUCAACAAUAUUGAUAAUUAUGUAAACAAACUACUUACAUUCUUGCCAUUUUUCUUUCAACUUCAUGAUUCCGCGCUCAUAAAAUUUCUGGUCCUUAUCAGCAAAAAACUGAACUAGACGAUAUUGAAAGUCAUCGUCGUUUGUCAAAUUUUUGACUAAUCGAACAAUUUUGCAAACUUAGAAAUAAAUGGUAAUCAGUAUCAGCAAAAAAACCUCUCGCCAUUUAGGCCCCUGUACCGCCCAUUUUAUAAAUUUCAAUAAUACAACAAUUAUUUUGUUACUAUUUCAUUCUAUUUUCUCCCAUCUAUUUUUUUUAAAUUGUGCCCAGAAUAUUCAAAAUAUGAGAAAAAAACUGGUUGAUCCGUUAAUCAGAAAUUUGCGAGGGAAAAAGCUUAAAAAUAUUUCUGGUAGAGUGAAGUAGAUGUACGAUAAAGAAAUAAUAAAUUGACUUCUACUGAAAAAAUUGUUUUUAAGUAAAAUGACAAAAUGGUUUUAUAAUUGGAUCUUUAAUCAUUGAAUAUUAUUUAUUUGAUCCUUGAGCGACCCUUCAAUUGUAGGCACUAAUCUAAUUUGUACUAAAAACACAUGCUACACACAUUGUUUACACCAUUAAUCAAGAUUUCAAUACAUCCUUCGAGCCGGAUAUAUCAUAACUAACUAAGGGUUCAAAGGGUUAGUUAGUGUAAUAGUGAUAGUAAACAAUGUAUUGAGUAUGAAUCUUACCAACAUAUUUCUUAAUUUCACUUUUAAUCUAAUCUUGUUACAUUCUUACUACAUCAUAAAACCAAAGUAUUUUAUUCCGUAUUUAAAAAUUAUUAUGGUUCAUUUUCCUCAAGAUCUAUCGGUCUGUCAAAUGCAUUUAUUACUUAGCUAUAAGAAUAAAAAAUUUUGACCCAGUUUUAAAUAAUUUUUUUCUACUAAUCUAGGUUUGACUAGAGUGUGAUAUUUGUAAUAUUAAAAAAAAAUUUCUAUGUAACUAACUAAAUAUUUUCGUUAUUUAUUUUUCUGGUUUUUGUAAUUGUUAUAAUUUGAUUGUUAUGCAAAUAUAAACUAUAAAAUUACAA